CCGCACAACAAACACCAGCGAACAGCCGCCGCCACACAAAGACAAUGCUCACCCCACACACACAAAAAGCAGUCUGAUCUCAUAUGAUCCCAAACUUCCCGUGGUUUGACUUCGCUCCUCACUGGAAGCACGCUGGAUUGUAACUGGAAAACAUUACACAGCCUAAACAUAAGAACAAUAUCAACCAAGGGAGACGGACCCACCGUAACGUUAGUGUGUACAGGAGGACGUAACUAUUGGACAAGAGGCGUGCAAGCUUCCACUGAGGCUUUUUAAACCUGGCACUGUGCGCACAGAGGCGAUCCCCGGGAUUUCUGACAGUUGAGGAACAGUUUGAGAGUGCUGCCAUGUUUGCACCACCACCUGCUUGACUCCUACCCUGGGGCAAGAUGGACUGACGACCGAGACCGCGGUCCACUCCUUGCGCUUUCGUCGGUGCACCCAGGAGGAGUCGUGUUGGAUAAGUGUCGGUGGGACGGUGCGCCCGAACAAUAACCAGCACCAUGGUGGCUAACGGUCCGACCAGCGGCAGAUGCCCGUGGCUGCGUCUCUUCUCCCCGUUCCAGAGCAGCCGGGAGCGCGUGGUGCUGACCCGCAGCGAGAGCAUGCACGGUGAAAAUGUGUUGAAGAUCACCGUCACCGAGACCACGGUGAUCGAGGCGGAGUCCGGCGUCUGGAACCUGCGCUCCAUGUCAUACCUGGUGCUGUGGUUCUUCUUCAGCUUCUGCACGCUCUUUCUCAACAAGUAUAUUCUGUCGCUUCUGGAGGGAGAGCCGAGCAUGCUGGGUGCUGUCCAGAUGCUGUCCACCACCAUCAUCGGGUGCCUCAAAAUGUUUGUCCCCUGCUGCCUCUACAAGCACAAGACCCGCACAGAGUAUCCGUCCAACUUCGUCAUGACCAUGCUGUUUGUUGGCCUGAUGAGGUUCACCACGGUGGUGCUGGGCCUGGUCAGCCUGAAGAACGUGGCCGUGUCUUUCGCCGAGACGGUGAAGAGCUCAGCGCCCAUCUUCACGGUCAUCAUGUCCCGCCUCAUCCUGGGGGAGUACACAGGAUUGUGGGUAAAUCUCUCCCUGUUCCCCAUCAUGGCCGGCCUGGCACUGUGCACGGCCACAGAGCUCAGCUUCAACAUGCUGGGCUUCUCCGCAGCCCUCUCCACCAACAUCAUGGACUGUUUACAGAAUGUUUUCUCCAAAAAGCUGCUCAGUGGAGACACCUACAAAUUCAGCCCACCAGAGCUGCAGUUCUACACCAGCGCAGCAGCUGUCAUCAUGCUCAUUCCUGCCUGGGUGUUCCUGCUGGACAUUCCAGUGAUCGGGAAGAAUGGGCGGAGCUUGGUCUGGAGUCAGGACGUGGUGCUGCUGCUGCUGUUUGACGGAGUGCUGUUCCACCUGCAGAGCGUCAGCGCCUACGCCCUGAUGGGCCGUAUCUCCCCCGUCACCUUCAGCGUGGCGAGCACGGUGAAGCACGCCCUGUCCGUGUGGCUCAGCAUCAUCGUGUUCAGCAACCACAUGACGCUGCUGGGUGCGGCGGGCUCGGUGCUGGUGCUGCUGGGCGUGCUGCUCUACAACCGGGCCCGCCAGGCCCAGAGGAGGGCUCUGAGGGCCAUGGCCGGCCGGCAGCAGGACCCCCAGUACCACUACGACCACAGCCACAGGCCCGCCAGGGGAGAACCGCCGGCCCCGGGCCAGCAGGCCUCCAAGGACUUCAAGGCCUCCCAGUCGUAGCCUGGGAGACCUGCCUCCCCAGGACCAGCCCGCCUCCAAGGACUUCAAGGACUUCAAGGUCUCCCAGUCGUAGCCUGGGAGACCUGAAGCCCCAGGACCAGCUUGCCUCCAAGGAAUUCAAGGCCUCCAAGGACUUCAAGGCCUCCCAGUCGUAGCCUGGGACGGAGGUUAGGAUGCUAAGUGGGUGGGGAGGGGGAGGCGAUCCAGGACUCACUUUUGGCCACCUCCUUGUCUCUCUGACUCUUUGCUCUAUCUUGCUCUGUCCCCAUUUCACACUAAAGGAGAGUUGGGUUCUCACUUGACACGCAUUCCACCAGUUCAACUGAAAUAUCCCCCAAAAAAUGGAAAUUGGGAAGGCUGAGUGGCAGCAAGGGAGCUGGUUAGCGGAAGUGUGGUAACCUAGCAACCACCACUAAGUUGUCCAUUUCGAUUGUUAUUCCUAAAACAAUUGUUGUAAACAAUUGUUACUGACUGAACAGUACAGGUACCUGCUGUGUCACAUGACUCUUUUUGCACUAUAUAUUGCACAAACAAGCUUUUUCCCUUAAGUCCACUAUGUUAAAAACAAAGUCAUAGAUCUUUUUUUUUCUGACAUGUAUAGGCCUAUGCGAUUGCAUAUUUGGGAUCCCCAGUUGAUUAUAUGUGGUCAUUUUAAGUUUGAUGUUUAACUUUGUAUUAUUUUAUGGGUUAGGUUUGUGAGAGCUUAUGUGUUUGUGCAUGGCUUUAAAGGCACCCAGUGCAACUUUAUGUAAACAUUCAAUGAAAAAUAAACAUUCAAUUUCUAGUCUUUUUUACACGUAAGUUUCAAUAACUCCAUACCAUUACAUAUCGACAUUCAAGGAGCAAAGAUGAGACGUCGUUGUGUGGUGAGAACUGAUAGAAAAUCGUAAACAACAACAAUCGCCGGUGGGGAGAAGCCAUUUUUCCAUUGACUGGAAGCCUGCUUUAUUUAUUGUAGGUUACAAAAAAUAAAGAAAAUGGCGGCAUUGUUGUUGUUAUCGAUUUUGUAUCAGUUCUCACCACACAACGACGUCUCAUCUUUGCUGCUUGAAUGUCGGUAUGUAAUGGUAUGGAGUUAUUGAAACUUACUACGUGUAAAAAAGACUAGAAAUUGAAUGUUUAUUUUUAAGCCUCGAAAGUUGCACUGGGUGCCUUUAAUGUCGUGACCGUUGCUUCGAGACAGGUGCUCGACCCGGUUGUAGCGGUCUGGCCCCGUAUCCCGGGGCGGAUCGGAGAGGUCCGUGCAAUGAUCGUUCAGCUGUACCCGACGCGAUCUGCGUCGUUUCAGGGAGCCUCAGAUAUGAAAGCACUCAGGAUAACUUUCCUUUUGUAAUCUUUCGAGCACGCAGUCUUUUUAGUUGGGGAGGGGGGGAGUAGCGUAGCGAUUUCGCGGUGAAGCCUUAACUUCGUUCCCGAUGAUCGAUGCGAGAAACUGGAGCUUCUGAAGACUGCUCAGUUUUAGUCCCAUAGUCGGGAUUCUCACCCGUGCUCAGCUUUUCUACAGGGAUGUUUUCUAGGUAGCAGUCGGUUUCCUCUUUUCCCUUCCGUCGAUACAUUUCAGACGUACUUGUUAAAAUGAUCGUAAUUUCGCCCUGAGGUGGGCCCGCAGAAAAAAAAGAAGUCAUUUUCUACAUCCAUUAAGCACGUUUCCCCGGCAACGAGGGAAUCUGUGAUAUUCUGAGUUUGUGGCGAGAUUUCAGUUUGUGUUUUAAUGCUUUACCAAUACCAAUUUUUUUCUUUUCUUGAAAUACGAGUCCCACUUUUUGUCCUGUGUCUACACCACUAGUUGGAAUGAAUUACAUUCCUACAUUGAAUGAGGAUGAGGCAUUGAUUGAAUCUAAUAUAAUGAGAUGUAGCAAUAAGGCUUGAUGUCUUGCUACCCAGUGGAUACUGUACAUUCAUAUGGAAAUAAUCUUGUUUUGGAAUUUUACAUUUGAACAAUGUUAAGUGAAUAUAAUACCUUAUUGAACAGGAGGCAUGUCUUGGACCAAUACUUUUUAUUAAAGAUAUUUUUUAUGGGA